GACUGGACUUGGGCACCCCUGGGCUACUGGGCUGUGUCGGAUGUCGGACAUUUCACUCAUAAGCCUGAGUGUCAAUCCUAAAACCAGACAGGUGGUCACCCUCUGAGAUCCCUCACUCUCACCGAAGUUAAGGAUGCAUUUCUAGCUAGGCAGUGCUCAAUCUUGCUUGUUUAGAAACAUAUGUCUGACGCACAAGAGCAGCCCAGCAGCAGCAGAAGCAGCAGCAGCGGCAGCAACAGCAUCAAGCGACAAGAAGCAGAAGCAUCAGCCAGGACGCUUGUCGCUCUCCCCGGGAGUGUGUGCGUGCGUGCGGUUGCCCUAGAGCAACAUGUUUCCUCCUCGGGGACGCGGAAAGAAGCGCGCCGGCGGCUGGUCGGAGGUGGAGGUGCCGCAGCAGUACAGCCGGACCAUGGCAGCGUCUGGACGGGUCAGGAAGGUGUGGGUCUCCUGUUGGAUUCUGCUCAUGGCGAGGUGUUUCUGCGCCCAGGCUCAAGAUGACGUGCCGCCUUAUUUCAAAAUGGAGCCACCUCAAAUCCAGGUUCACCUGGAGGGCAACCGCCUGGUCCUCACCUGCAUGGCGGAAGGCAGCUGGCCACUGGAGUUCAAGUGGAUCUACAACGGAACGGAGCUCACGCGAUUUUCCUUGGAAUACAGAUACCUCAUCCCCUCACUGGACCGAUCCCAUGCCGGUCACUACCGCUGCAUCGUAAGGAACCGAGUGGGGGCCAUCAUGCAAUGCAGCACGGAAGUCAGGGUCGCAUACAUGAGCAGCUUCGUGGAAGGCGAGCGCUCCCAGACGGUGUCGCAAGGCGACGGCGCCCUGAUCCACGCGCCGCGCAUCCACAGCUUCCCCAAACCUCAGAUCACGUGGUUCCGCGACGGACGCAAGAUCCCCUCCAGCAGCCGCAUCGCCAUCACCCUGGACAACACCCUGGCCAUCCUGUCAACAGUGGCGCCCGACGCCGGACGCUACUACGCGCAGGCCGUCAACGACAAGAACGGCGAGAACAAAACCAGUCAGCCCGUUACGCUGGUCGUGGAGAAUGUGGGAGGACCCGCCGACCCCAUCGCCCCCUCCAUUAUCGUACCCCCGAAGAACACCAGCGUUACCGUGGGAAGGAAUGAGGCCAUCUUGGAGUGUGUGGCCAAUGCCAGGCCGUUAGUCAAGAUGAGCAUCACAUGGCGUAAAGACGGCGCCGUGGUUCACGCCGGAAUCCGAGAUUUUGGCCGGCGACUCGUCAUCAGCCAGCCGACGCUCAGCGACGGCGGCUACUACGAAUGCGAGGCGGCGCUCCGCAGCAGCAGCGUGCGCUCGGUCACUGCCGGCGCCUUCUUGCACGUGCUCGAAUAUCCUCUCUUUGUGAAAGAACCACCGGGUCACAUCACUGCCGAGAUGGAGAAAGUGGUGGAUAUUCCCUGCCAGGCUCGAGGAACGCCUCAGCCGGACAUCGUGUGGUACAAAGACGCCGCCGCCAUCAGCACGGUGAAAAUCCCCCGCUACAAAAUUCUGGUGGGAGGCAGUCUACAGAUCAACGGACUACUCCCUGAUGACACCGGAAUGUUCCAAUGCUUCGCCCGCAAUCUGGCCGGAGAAAUCCAGACUAACACGUACCUGGCUGUCACGAGCAUCGCUCCCAACAUCACCGCGGGCCCAACUGACAGCGCAGUGAUUGACAGCAUGUCAGUCAUCCUGCACUGCGAGACGUCCGGAGCGCCGCGGCCGGCCAUCACCUGGCAGAAAGGCGAGCGCGUGCUAGCUAGUGGCUCCGUACAGCUACCCAGGUUCACGCUUCUGGAGUCGGGCAGCCUGCUAAUCAGUCCGUCCCACCUAUCUGACGCGGGGACGUACACCUGCAUGGCUAGCAACUCCAGAGGCAUCGAUGAAGCUUCUGCCGACCUGGUGGUGUGGGCACGUACCCGCAUCACCAAGCCGCCGCAGGACCAGAGCGUCAUCAAGGGGACCAAAGCGGUCAUGGCCUGCGGCGUCACCCACGACCCCAGCGUCAGCGUCAGCUACGUGUGGGAGAAGAGCGGGCAAGCGCUGGACGCCAACGCUUCGCCGCGCCUGCGACUGGACGCCGAGGGCACCCUCCACAUCUCGCAGACGUGGUCGGGCGACAUCGGCACGUACACCUGCCGCGUCACCUCCGUGGGCGGUAAUGAUUCCCGCAGCGCCCACCUCAGAGUCAGGCAACUCCCCCAUGCCCCCGAGAACCCCAUCGCCGUGCUGAGCCGUACGGAGAAGCGCGCCAUCAACCUGACGUGGGCGCAGGCCUUCGACGGCAACAGCCCGCUCAUCCGCUACAUCCUGGAGGUGUCCGAGAAUAACGCUCCAUGGACGGUGCUCCUCGCCAACAUCGACCCCGAGUCCAACGGAGUGUCAGUGGGCAGCCUCAUCCCGGCUCGUUCCUACCAAUUCCGCCUGUGCGCCGUCAACGACGUUGGUCGAGGCCAGUUCAGCAAAGAGAGCGAGCGUCUUACCCUUCCAGAGGAGCCCCCAAGCGCGCCCCCGCAGACGGUGAUGGCCAGCGGCCGCACCAAUCAGUCCAUCAUGAUCCAGUGGCAGCCACCGCCCGAGAGCCACCAGAACGGCCCCCUCCAGGGCUACGUCAUCAGGUACUGUCUGUCAGGGCUUCCUGUGGACUGCCAGAUCAAGAACAUUACCAACCCAGAUCAGAGCAGUCUGCUCCUCGAGGACCUCAUCAUAUGGACCAACUACGAGAUGGAGGUGGCCGCCUACAACGGUGCGGGCAGGGGCGUCUACAGCCACAAGGUUACAGAGUGGACGCUGCAGGGAGUGCCCACGGUGCCGCCGGGAAACGUGCAAGCCGAGCCGGUCAACUCUACCACCGUGCGCUUUACCUGGAGCGCGCCCAGCCCGCAGUUUAUCAACGGAAUCAACCAAGGCUACAAGCUGUUGGCGUGGGAACCUGGCCGGGCUGGCGAGAUGACGGUGGUGACGGCGCGGCCCAACUUCCAAGACAGCAUCCACGUGGGGUACAUAUUGGGCCUGAAGAAGUUCACCGAGUACUACACAUCGGUGCUGUGCUUCACCACGCCUGGGGACGGCCCGCGCAGCCCACCGCAGCGACUUCGCACCCACGAAGACACUCCGGGUGCUGUAGGACACCUCAGCUUCACCGACAUCUUGGAUACCUCCCUCAAAGUUAGCUGGAAGGAGCCUCAAGAGAAAAACGGUCUUCUCACAGGUUAUCGCAUCUCAUGGGAAGAGUUCAACAGGACCAACACGCGGGUGACCCACUACUUGCCCAACCUGACUCAAGAGUACAAAGUGACGGGCCUCACGGCGCUCACUACGUACACCAUCCAGGUGGCUGCAAUGACCGCCAAGGGACAAGGCCAGCUGUCCGCCUCCACCAUUUCCUCGGGCGUCCCGCCAGAGCUUCCCGGUCCCCCGACCAACCUGGCCGUCUCCAACGUGGGGGCACGCUCGGUCAGUCUGCAGUUCAAGCCAGGCUACGACGGCAAGACGUCUAUAUCCCGCUGGCAGGUGGAAGCGCAGAUUGGUAUCAUUGGGGAAAAUGAAGAGUGGCUGAUGGUUCAACAGCUUGCUAAUGAGCCUGACGCGCGAGCUAUGGAGGUUCUGGAACUCAACCCGUACACCUUCUACAGGUUUCGAAUGCGGCAGGUGAACAUCGUGGGCACCAGCCCCCCAAGUCAACCCUCUAGAAAGAUCCAGACUCUCCAAGCCCCUCCGGAUAUCUCCCCCGCCAAUGUCACACUGCGCACAGCCAGCGAAACGAGUCUGUGGCUGCGCUGGGUGCCUCUUCCCGAGUGGGAGUACAACGGCAAUCCUGAUCUAGUGGGUUACCGCAUCCAAUACUCCAAAGCCGGGUCCAAAGGUGGUGUUCUCGCGCACGUCAUCAUGGACCGGCUGGAGAGGGAAUUCACCAUUGAGGACUUGGAGGAGUGGACCGAGUACGAGGUCCGGGUUCAGGCCGUCAACGGGAUUGGGUCCGGACCCUGGAGCCAGCCGGUCCACGGGAGAACCAGAGAGUCCGUGCCUUCCAGUGGGCCCACCAACGUGUCCGCCUUUGCCACCACCUCCAGCAGAAUCCUGGUACGCUGGGGUCAGGUCCCGGAAACCGACCGCAACGGUCUUAUUCUCGGAUACAAGGUCAUCUACAAAGAGAAGGAUGCAGACUCCGUUCCUAGCUUCUGGAUGGUGGAGGGCAACACGAGCCACAGCGUCCUGUUGACAGGUCUGGGCAAGUACGUCCUGUACGAGAUUCGGGUACUGGCCUUCACUCGCAUCGGAGACGGGAGAAGCAGCAUGCCAUCCAUUUUGGAAAGGACCCUGGACGACGUUCCAGGUCCUCCUGUUGGCAUCCUGUUCCCUGAAGUGAGGACAACCUCGGUCAGACUCAUCUGGCAACCGCCGUCUCAACCCAAUGGCAUUAUCUUAGCCUAUCAAAUUACAUACAGAAGAAACUCAUCAAGCAUCAGCGCCGCCACCGUGGACGUCCUCAGCCCCAGCGUGCGGCAGUACACGGCGGCGACUCUCAAGCCCGAAACGGCGUACGUCUUUCGCCUCAGCGCGCAAACACGCAAAGGCUGGGGCGAGGCCGCCGAAGCGUUGGUGGUCACCACGGAAAAGCGAGUGCGACCUCAACCUACCAGCCGACCCGUCGCACCUCAAAAGGAGGUGCGAGCCCGCCGGGUGCUGCUGACAUGGGAACCGGGCAGCGACGGCCUCUCCCCGGUCCGCUACUACACGGUGCAGUUCCGAGAGCUGCCCGACAACAACUGGACGGUCCACUCCACGUCGGUCAGCCACGAGAUCAACUCGUACUCUGUGGACAGGUUGAAGCCUUUCACGUCGUACCAGUUUCGAGUGAAGGCCACCAAUGACAUCGGAGACAGCGAGUACAGUCAGGAGAGCGAGGCCGUCACCACGUUGCAAGACGCCCCGGACAAAGCCCCCACCAUUCUGUCUGUAACUCCGCACACCACCACAUCGGUGCUGCUCCGCUGGCAGUCGCCCUCUGAGGAUCACAUCAAUGGCGUCCUGCUGGGCUUCAGAGUCCGCUACAGAGAGUUGUACUACGACCGACUGCGCAGCUUCACGGUCCAUAACGCCAAUAGUCCGUCGCCCGGCUGGGCCGACCUCACCGCUCCUUAUAGCAUCAGGAACUUGAGCGAAUCCUUCCUCACUCAGUAUGAACUUGACAAUUUGAGUAAACACAAGCGCUACGAGAUCCGACUCAGCGUGUACAACGCGGUGGGGGAGGGUCCGAGCAGUGCGCCGCAGGAGGUCUUUGUGGGCGAGGCAGUGCCUACAGCGCCGCCUCAAAAUGUGGUGGUGCAGUCAUCCACCGCCACCCAACUAGACGUCACAUGGGAGCCUCCGCCGCUGGAUGCCCAAAAUGGCGACAUACAGGGUUAUAAGAUUUACUUCUGGGAGUUUCAGCUGCAGAAUGAAACAGAGCGCCUGCGCACGCUGUUUCUGCCCGAGCUGGGGGUUAAACUGAAGAACCUAACAGGCUACACCACCUACAUGAUCAGCCUGGCUGCCUUCAACGCGGCCGGUGACGGCCCCCGAUCUCUACCCACCAGAGGGCGCACUCAGCAAGCAGCCCCCAGCGCUCCCAGCUUCAUCCACUUCGGCGAGCUGACCACCACCUCCGUCAACGUUUCCUGGGGUGAGCCCAAGCGGGCCAACGGCAUCGUGGAGGGCUACCGUCUGGUUUACGAGCCGUGCACUCCGGUCGACGACUCCUCUGCUCGCACUCCAGGUGUUAGUAAAAUAGUGACAGUGGACGUGAAAGGCGGCGCCCCCCUGUGGAUGAAAAUCAAGGACCUGGCUGACGGCGUCACCUACAACUUCCGCAUCCGAGCCAAAACACUCACCUACGGGCCGGAGGUAGAGGCCAACAUCACUACGGGGCCCGGAGAAGGAGCUCCGGGCCCACCUGGAGAACCCUUCAUAUCUCGCUACGGCUCCGCCCUCACGCUGCACUGGACCAGCGGCGAUCAAGGCCGAGCGCCCAUCACGCGAUAUGUCAUUGAAGCGAGACCGUCUGAUGAAGGGUUGUGGGACAUCUUCAUCAAAGACAUCCCCAAAGAAGUCACGUCCUACACGCUUAAUUUGGACAUGUUGCGAGAGAGCGUCACGUACGAUUUCCGCGUCAUCGCUGUCAACGACUACGGCUACGGAUCACCGAGCUUGCCGUCGCCCUCCAUAUCAGCUCAGAAAGUGUCGCCCUUCUAUGAAGAGUGGUGGUUCCUGGUGGUGAUCGCACUGGUGGGCCUCAUCUUCAUCUUGCUGCUGGUUUUUGUCCUAAUCAUCCGUGGACAGAGUAAAAAAUACACCAAAAAGACCGACUCGGGCAACCACUCCAACUGCACAGCUCUACCGCUGAGCCACGGCGAGAUGGUGCGCCUGGACGAGGGUCGCUUCCCCUCGCUGGAGCUCAACAACAGACGCCUCUCGGUCAAAAACUCCUUUUGUCGCAAGAACGGCAUCUACACGCGGUCGCCGCCAAGGCCCAGUCCUGGAAGUCUGCACUACUCUGACGAAGAUGUGAGCACCAAAUAUAACGACUUGAUUCCUGCCGAGAGCAGCAGCCUGACCGAGAAGCCGUCCGAGAUAUCAGAUUCUCAGGGCAGCGACAGCGAGUACGAGAUGGACCAGAGUCGACAGAAGACGCACUCCUUCGUCAGCCACUACAUCAGCGACCCCACCUACUACAACUCGUGGCGGCGACAGCCCAAAGGCGUCUCCCGUCCGCCGGCCUACGGCUACUCUCAGGCCGAGCCCCCGGCAGAGCAAGAGUCACGGGGGCACCCGCCGCCCGUGCCCCCUCUUCCACCGCUAGUCCCGGCGAGCUCCCCGUCCCCGCAGCCCCUACCCCAAGGCCAAGGCACCCUGUUCAGGCCCAAAGGAAGCCGGACUCCCACCCCGUCCUUGCUGUCGGAACCCCCCAACCAGCACGGCGCCCUCUACCGCCCCCCCAGCAGCCUGGGUUGCGCCGCCGCCCCGCCACCCACUGCUGGGUUCUCCUCCUUCGUUUGACUCGCUCAAACAACAACCAGAAAACGACUCUUUCAUUUGGUUUCUCUCCUCGGCAAAGUGUGUGCGUGGUUAAUCAACGUGAUGUUUAUUUAAUGAAAAAGACAAUCAUUUCAAGAUUUUUAUUUGUCACCCGAGGAGCUCCGAAAG